CAUGAACAGUCCGCUGUUCGAUGCGCAUCGCGACAAACAGGGUGAAAACUGUCGGAAAACAGGGACUGCCGCGAUUGUCGGCGGCGCGACGUCGCCACCCCUGGAGAGCGAUAAUUUACGACUCCGACAUUGAGAGUCCGGCGCGUAUCGGGGUGGCGAGUUCGGUGCUCGGGAAAGUGCUCGGGUCUCAAUUCUCUCCGAUGUUCUCCAAUCUGACAAUUCCAUGACCACGUAGUCCAGCGCGAAAAACCGUCGCUGAUCGCGAUCGCGACGAGCGUUCCUCCCCCGUGGAGAGAACGAUUGGUGGUGUCGGCCAGGAUCAAGGAUUGGUGUUGAGUCGGCUGAUCGUCAUGUGCAGCAACGAGAGUCCGCCGCCGGCAAAGGAGCCGCUGGCCGUUGGUCUGGGUAACCCGAUGGCUGGGUUUCUACCGGGUCUGGAACAUUAUCGGCUGCACCUGUACCAUUACGCGAUGGCGGAACGGUUGCGGCUGGCGCAGCAGAUGCAGCAUCCCGGCGUGGCUCAUCCGCCCUCGGGGGCACCGACGGCUCAUCUGGGCAUGGGCCCGGGAUUCCCGGCGCCGCUGCCGCUGUACCCUGCGGCCGCCGCGGCGGCCGGCUAUCCUGGCCGACUGGCGCUAUCCAUGGCGCUGUUACAUCCGCAUCACCAACGGAUACCCGAGGAACCUAAACCCCAACAUAGUUACAUCGGCUUGAUCGCCAUGGCGAUACUGUCGUCGCCGGAGAAGAAGCUCGUACUGUCCGACAUUUAUCAGCACAUUCUGGAGCAUUAUCCGUACUUCCGCACCCGCGGGCCUGGCUGGCGCAAUUCCAUCCGACACAAUCUCUCGCUGAACGACUGCUUCGUCAAGUCCGGCAGGAGCGCCAACGGCAAGGGUCACUACUGGGCUAUCCAUCCGGCGAACCUGGAGGACUUCCGGCGCGGCGAUUUCCGUCGGCGCAAAGCCCAGCGAAAGGUGCGUCGACACAUGGGCCUGGCGGUGGACGAGGAACCGGAUAGUCCUAGUCCGCCGCCCUUACCCGCCACCCCGCCGCCCCCGACGGCGCUCGGUCCUUCGGUGACUUCGCAACCGAUAUCUGCGAUAUGGGCGCCGCAUCAUCACCAUCAACAACAGCAGCAGCAACAGCAACAGAAUCCCUUCCAGAGCCAAUCCCUUCGACAAUCGUCCUUCCAGCCGAGGAAGCGACAGUUCGACGUGGCGUCUCUCUUGGCGCCGGACGACCAGCAGCAUCAGAUCGAGGCGGACGUUCUAGGACCGACCAAGUCGCGCAGGUUCAGCUGCAGCGAGGACGAGCUGCACGAUCUGCCGGAGGCCGAUCAGGACGACGAGGAUGUCGAUGUCGACGUGGUCGCCGACGCGAACGCCUUACCGUCGCCGAGCACGCCGCCGUCGGUCAGUCCGGAUAUGCCCAAGGUCGUGUCUCCGGCCGCUCAUUGGAACCAUCAAAGUGUACAAAGCGGCGGUCAACAGCAGCAGCAGCAGCAACAACAACAGCAACAGCAGCAACUAUCGGCUGUACACCUUCACAAUCACCUGCAUGUCAGGAAUUACUACAUCCCGGCUAACUCCGCCGGUGGGUCCAGCGUCUAAUGAAGGGCUCGGAAGAAGUCGGUCGGUUCGCGCGACAGGUAGCUGCUCAUGUCUGUCGAGUGUGUCCACGAUUCUCUCUCUCUUUUUUUACUCCGUGAUGGCUUCGAAAACUUCUUGGAUGUUUUGAUUCGUCACGACAUAUCCUACUUGUAUCGCGUUGUUUUCUAAAAACAAAAUUAUUUGGCAGAGACGAUUUUCUUUUAACAAAAAUCUCAUUAAACCUAUCGGAUGAACAAAUAUCGCGAGAUUUUUUUAAUGAGCUAGAAACAAGAUAAGUCUCAGAGGAAAAUGCGAUAAGUGAUAACAUAUUUUCAAGUUAAUUCUAACUAAGCUUUAAUAGAAUUAUAAUUAAAACUUAGUUUCAAAGAUAUGCAAUAUUGAAAAUUGAAGAGUCGGUUUCCUCAGCUUUAAAUUAAAUAAGAGUUUAUUGCAAAAUAAUGCGGUAAAAGUGAGAUACUCUGUACGCGAAGGUCUGAGAAUGAUAGAGACUUAAACAAUAAUGAUUGAAUUGUAGAAGAAAAGCCAUUUAAACAGUUGUAAUGGAAAACUGUAUGUUACACUUUGUAUUAUUUUUAUAUUAUUAUAUAUGUUGUUGUAUGUAUAUAUUUAUGUAAUUAUAUUUAUAUACCAUUUAUAUAUAUAUUAAUUAUCGAAGUCGCGCGCGUGUUACAAGUGUGUGUUUAGGUCUGUAUCAUUCUCAGCGCUCUCCAUGUUUUCAGACACAUCAAAACUAGGAAAAACGUCUGAAAGAUAUUCGUUAGACGUUUAUUAUUUUUUGGAGAUUUAUAUUGUCCGAGUAUGAAUGUGGCACGCGUAAAUCAUGCGCGUAAGGUGACCUCCGAAACGGACAAGGCGGAAAAUUACUGGGUGUUGUGUGUUAAGCACUAUCACGCAAAAAACAGAUCAAUCCAUUGUCGAUUAUAUUUCUAUUAACGUCACAUGGGGGUCACAUUCUCGCGUGUUGUUCGUGCUGUGCGUCUUGAUUGUUUUACGUUAUUAGUGUAAGCUCUGCGCGACGACGUAAGUCCUGAUUUAAUUUGUCGUUUUGUCGGAUCUUCGAACGAGAAGAAACGGAGUAAAAAGUGAGGGGAGAAUCGUGUCUUUGCUCAAAAUAAUAACCAAAUUUCAAAUUAAUGAAAUUGAUGUUGGACUCCCACGUCCGGCGCUUGAAUCAAAAUAUCCAGACAAUAUAAAUGUUCAAGAAGGUCACGAAAGUCUUGCGAAGGUGUCUCAGGAAUGUUUUAAUUUUUCAGACGUGCUUUAAAUUGCGAAUUGUGGUCGUUCAAAUACGAAGCUCAAACAAUCUUAUUUUCCUCCUGAUAAACGGAAAUUCUCGUGCGAUAGAGGCUACCUUCUUGUCGACGGACAACCGACCUUUUCUAUCGAGCAUGAAAAAUAAUUUGAGUUCGGCAAUUCGAACGAAGCAAGCUCUGGCUAUGCUCGGAGAACUUAUACGUGUAUUAUAUAGAUAGAUGUCUAAGAAAAGAAUUAUGUACAGACUGGAGUUCGACGGUGGAAUCUAUAAAGCAUACGAGAGGAUCAGCGAUCAUCGUACGAUCGCGAAUCAUCGUUCCAACGUGAUUCGUUUAUCUUAAAAAUGACACGCAAACCGUAUCUCGUAAAUAAUACUUAAAGGUAAUACGCUUAUCUAAUCUAAAGUAUCUAUUUAUAAUAUAUCUAUUGCAGCACCUUUAUAUACUACAGUAGAAAAUCAGUUUGUAAAUGGAAAAGUCAGAAACGGAUCUGUUCAACGCCCGAAAGACGUCUCCCGAAAUAUAAUUUGUCCCAUUUUUUUCGCGACGAACGGCUCACGUUAACGCUGAGAGAUUCUACCGGCGAAUUUAGGAUUUUUUGUAAAUACGAGAAUAUACGGCCCGGUUGCCGGAUGAGGCAGCACGAGAAACUGAUGUACGCGGGGCAUUACGUCAGACUGAUUGCGAUCUCCGCUUGUUUAUAGUGUAAUAUAAAAGUCGUUUUAGGAUCUAACAUAGCGCAUCCUCAUUGUAUAAUCCACGUUGGUAGAGACGAAGUUGGUGAAACGAAGAUAUAUAUAUAUACAUAUAUUCUGUACAAACCCGAGUACCCCUCCCCCUCUCCGGUCCACUCUCCCCCCUGUAUGUAUAUGUAUAUGUAUCGAUGUAUACGUACCUGUGCGUAUAGAAUUCAGAUACGCGGAUCUAUGUGCGAUCGACAAUUAACGAUCGCGUUACCGAUGUCGCGCACCGACGAGAAACGCAAGACCAUUUUUUCACAGUUACCUCGUAAGCAUACGCCCCGCCACCCGGCGGCCUCUCUCUCUGUUACUGUCUCAAUGCAACUGAACUUUAAUAAAGUUUCUGUUCCCACGAA